AAAAUCACAUUGGUGAAGGGUAGAAUAAAGGAAUGUGCCAAGGUCCAGGAGGGUGAUGAUUCCCCCGAGAACCCAUAUGACCUUCUUGACGAGUUGCAUAUUCUUGACUUCAAGCUAACCAAGUUGAUUACAGAGAUCAAUUUGGUCAAUUUUGAGGAACUUGUUGAGCUCCCAUCCUUCUUGGAGAAAGAUUGCUUUGAUGAGAGCUUUUAUAAGUCUGGUUUUAAGUACCAUAAAAUGGAGGAGGAGGAGGAGGAGGAGGAAGGAGAAGUAAAGCCUGCAAAGAAGACGUUAUGCGAGGCUUUAUCAGAAAGAGAACCAUCGAAGAGAAGAAUCGAGUUGAUACAGUUCGCCAUUCUGGCCGGAAGUGUUGCUGACAACUUCAACUAUUCCAAGCUGGAGAUCAAGAUUAUAUCUCUUAUUAACUCGAUCAAGCUCCAGAAAGUUAUGAAUAAGCUCAGGGAGCACUCCAGGAUAAUGGAUACAAAGAUCCAGGAACUCAACUGGGAGGUAGACUUCGAGAAGGUGUUUGGGACCAUUAUAACGAGAAAGACAGCAGGGCUGUGGAAGGUGAGGAGGUGGUAUUUUUUCUGAUAGCUAUUUUCGCAGCCACUAAUCGGUUGCAAAUAGGCAAGCAUGAAAGAUAUCAUGAGAACGAAACAUGGAAUAUUGAAAGCACUCAGGUCUAUUAAAAAAUAAAUUCACGUGCUAUACUAACAACUUCAUCUCAUUAAGUUCAAAGGUAGCGUAUUGUAGUCCCCGGAGGCGUAGGUUUGGUUAUUCCGUAGCAGACGAUAAUGUCCCCAAUAGCAAAAAAAAGUGGGCCCCACCGGCUUAUAGUGACAAAAUUUUGACUUUUGAUUAAACCCCUUUCUGGUAAUUACUAGGAUUGCCUUAACAUUUAUCAUCUUAAUCAUCCAAGAGUUUACCAUAUCACCUGAACAGAAUUUACUCCAAUACAUUUACUACCGCGUGGUGGAAAAACCAAACCGAGGGAGGGAACGGGAACUGGAGCCUUCUAAUCGGAUGACGAUCACCAAAUGUUUAUAUCCCCCAGAGUUGAUUAAUUCUGUCUCGGUUGAAAACGCAGCGAGUGGGUUUCAUAAAAUGUCCUGUUACAAACAUAGCGGAAGCCAACUCCCGAGAAUCGCUAAG